GGGAGGUGAUAUAAGAGCCUGAAUAUAGGAGGAAACCUAUUGUGAUUAAGUGUGGGAAUUACCCUUGGGUCUUGAGUAGAAAUUUGUUCCCUAAUUUCCUUUAAUGUGUAUUACCUCAUUUUAUUUGUAAGUUAACAUUAUUAUUAAUGUAUUCUGUUAUCAUAUAGAAUAAUUGUGUUUUUCUACCCCAACACCGAUUUGACAUUGAGGUGAUUCCUGGUGUGCUGUGCCAUGGUAAGGGUUUUGUGAGAGGGUGUAAUAGCUGACAAUUUCGGAUAGGUUGGGUAGGUAUUUCAAGACCUUUAAAAAUCCAGACAUUUAAAAUUUUCUGGGAUCAGUGUACCAUCACUUUCUUGGAAAGAUAACAGGGAUCAUGACACAAGACACUUUUAGAAGUUCCUAGAACAUUUUAGAACAUUCUAUUCAGUGUAAACAUUUCCAGAUUAUUCUAGGAUUUUCUAGAAUACAAUAUAAAUAUGUAGAAGUAUUAAGAAUUUUCUAGAAUCUACAAGAAUUUUCUAGAAUGAUUCAGAAUAUUCUAAAGAAAGUUCAAAAAUAUUCUAGAAAGAUUCAGAACAUCCUGGAACACAUUUUCGAGAGACUAAGAAUAUUCUAGAGUACUGCUUGACAAUAUAAAAGUAGGGGCUUGCAGACCACUAAUCAGUUCUGCUUUGGCUGCCAGAGAAAACACAUCACAAGAGUUGAAAUGGCAUCAAGAUGCUGCAAUCAUUCUCCAGAUGCAUUCUGUUACAUAUGUAGUCAAUUCAUCAAGAUGAGAAAGAGCGAAGUUCUCUGUGACAGCAUCUGGAAAAUGGUGAAAUUUAUCUAUUUUGGGAUAAAAAAUCAUUCUAAAAGCCACAAAAAGCAAAGUUUGACAGGAGUAAUGGACGUUUUCUAUUGUUUUGCAGUGAAAAGAGAUGGAAAAUAAUACUUGCUUGGACAAAAAUCGUGUUACAUAGUGAUAUAAUCAAUGUAUCUGCAUCAGAUAUCUUUUUGGAUUAAUAUUUUAUUUUCAACAGUGGAACACUGGUUUUUACUCAGAAAUAUGGCAAAAUAUAAUAAAAUUCUAGUACCAACACACCCCAUGCAUUAAUUAAAGCAUGAAAUCAUGAAUCUCUUUAGGUCUGUGUACAAAACCAAUCAGUAACUAAAGGAAACUAUGUCUGCUUUUUCCACAUAUCCUGAUGUACAUGUCCUGUGAAUUUCAAAUAUCUAGCUGCAAUAGGUAAAGUACACUAACUCCUUCAACUUUAUUGCUUGAUUUCUCAAAAUGGAGGUUUUAGCACUUUAAAAUUUAUCUCCCUUGCAAUUCCUGUUACACAAAUGUCCUAUUGCAGCUUAUGAAAGUAUGAAAAAUGAAUAACGUCUGCUAUCGAAACUACUGUUUGGAGUUGAUUUUGAUUUUUUUUGUCAAAUAUUUGAAGUAAAAAUAUUUGUUACUUUUCAUCAAACUUUAAAAAAUAUUCUUUACUAUUGUACAGGAAAAUGAUAACAGACUUUGAUCUCUUAUCCUUCCUGAUUAAAAUGCUUUCUGAAUGACAGAAAUUGGUCAAUAAAUAAGGGAGGAGAUACAUGGGAUUCGUGAUUCUACAACCCCCCCAAAAGUCACUGCAUUGUACCCACCUAAGUUACUCCAUUUUACCCACCUAAGUGACUCAGCCAUCAUCCAACCUACACUCACAUGAGAGUCUGAGUGACUUGCCAAACUUAGCAAACCUGGUACACUCUGUAACCAAAUUAACAUUCCCUGGAUCCCUAACCUACCAUUCUUAACAUGUAUAAAUAUGAAUAUUCAUUCACUCAUCUUCAUUUGCUCCUUCACUCAUCUUCAUUCACUCAUCCCUUCUGUCUCCAUAGCAGGUGACCUUCCUCGGUGAGUUGUAGUCAGAGCUUACAUUAUGUCUUGAUGUCCCUCCAACCCUCACAACCAGUAGAUUGUCCAGUGGGGCCUGUCCAUACCUCUUGUGAGGAAAUGGUUCCCCAUUAAGAUGUGAUGGAGUAUUGGGCCCUGUUCACCCUCUUCCCAGGGUGGUUUCCUUUGGGGCCUGUCCAUACCUUUUGCGAAGAAAUGGUUCCCCAUUAUUGUGCAACAGAGUAUGUGGGACCUCUCCACCCUCUUCCCAGAGUGGUUCCCUUCCAAGUCCUUUCAGGGCUCAAACUAGGUCCAGGAGAGUUAGUGCAAGCAGUCAAUGGAUCGGUCCAUUUGACCAAAAAAAUACACUUCACACACCCUACCCUUAGAUGUUCACUCCAUUUUCUGAAAUACAAACUCAAAAUAUAACAAUCCGAAGUACCUUAGGCGCCUUUCAGAAGUAAUUUCUCUGUUGUGUACACUAACACUUCUCUAUGAGGCAUCGAGGAGGACCUCUCACCUGAGGCGGUGGGGGUUCAUUUUCAGUUCCAUCAUAAUAUGACACUUCAGGAGGGGCUAGCAGCCACUCUUCUGGGGCCAGAUCCAUGAAACAGAUGCUACUUAGCAAACUGCGAUCAGCACCCAUUAGCAGCCUCUGGCUGCUAGAUGAUAUCAACAAACGUGUAGGAGGUUGUUGUUGCCAUGGUAGCAAGGUUGUUAACUAACACUACUUCCCGAGGUGGUGUAAGUUAAACACCACCUCAGCAAAAACUCAUAUAAAUAUCUAUGUGCACACAAUUACUUUUUUUUUUUUUAAUUGUUUAAAAGCUUUACCACCAAAAAAGCAUGAUUUUGUGAUGCAUGGAAAAUGAAAAUAAAGCAGGAAAAGGAGGCAAAUUUGCUCCACGUGUGCACUCCUCAUUCUGCCUUACAGCAAAAAUUGUGUCGUACUGUUGUUGAUUAAGUAUUGUUUUUGCCGCUUCUCCUGCAUAUAAUGGAAAUUAUCUUUGCAUACUUCCACAUUCAUGCCUCGAGGCGAGAAAGGCGCUUUUAGGAUCAGCUUGACCCCUUGGCACUGAGUGAUAAUGAGCUCAUGCUAAAAUAUCGCUUCUCUUGGCAGGAGCUAAUUUUCUUGUUUGAGGAGAUGCAGCCUCAGCUGGAGAGAAGGACAAGGUGUAACCAGGCAUUACCAACUCACACCCAGGUUUUGUUGGCCCAGAGAUUGUUUGCCAGUGGGUACUUCUGAAACAUCAUUGGAGACACUGCAGGACCUACCCCAGCAAGAGUCAGCAGGGUCUUCCAGCGUGUGUGUACCGUGUUGAGUGACAAGUUGGUGCAGGAAAUUAAGAUGCCUCCAACACACCUUAAUCAAAUAAGAACUGCACAGUAGUUCUUCAGGAUCAAAAAUUUUUUGAGGGUUAUUGGGGUCAUUGAUGGCACCCACAUUGCCAUCAAGGCCCCAAGUGUGGACGAGGCUCUCUACUUUAACUGGAAAAGGUAUCACUCCCUGAACAUCCAACUUGUGAAUGGAGUGAUCCUCAGCUACUGCUUCAGAUUCCCAGAUAUAUAGUAUUAUUGCAUUACAUGUUUACCCAGCCAUGUACUUUAUUGAUUUUCAUGUGACAGCACAUGGUUAUUGAUAGUGCAUAAGAAAACAGUGUGAUAAGCCUUGACAUUAGUUGUGCUACACAUGAUGCUUUUGUGUGGAGCAAAUGUAAUCUGAAGCAAUGGUUUAAGAGAGGGGAAUUUGGUGAUUUCCAGCUUGUUGGCGAUAGUGGAUAUCCCUUCAAGCCCCAUCUCAUGGUGUCCUUGAGCAACCCCACCACUGAUGCAGAGCACAGAUAUAACAGGAUCCAUGCACAAACUAGGGUCAUUGUGGAACAUACCAUUGGGAUGCUGAAGAGUCAUUUUAGUUAAUGAAAAUAACACCUCUUCCUCUCCAAAACAGUAACAUGUAGAGUAAAACCUGCCAUUGAAAUCAUGAAACAAUUAUAAACAGUUCAUUCUUGUUAGAGAAGUAUGAUAUACUUUGUAGAUACUCCUUUAUAAGUAAUGAAUACUCUUGUAGUAUGAAAUCUCACUUUUCACAGGUGUCUGCACUCUUCUGGAGGUAGCUUGCAGUACAGAGCCAGCAAGUGUGUUAAAAUAAUUAAUGCAUGCCUGCUUCUACACAAUCGCUGAAUCAAGCGGGGUAUUCCUGUUCUUGAUGACGAUGAAGAGGUGUCCCAUGCUGAUGCCAACUCUGCUGUGCUGCAGAGGGGUCGACAUGUUCCAGGCAGAAUCGUGCAGCAAGAACUCAUACAAAACUUCUUCCAGCAAUGAAAUUGGCAAAGUGCCUGGGACAUAUCUUGUACAGCCACCCCCUGCUCCUGCUGCACCAUCACCAGCUUGUCCAUGCUCAGAGGAAUCUGCUGCUGAUUCUCCUGUGCUUGAGACAGAACCCCCAACUCUGAGUGGCCACCUGCAAUACAGUUUAGAAGAAAACAUGACUUUACACCACAAAAAUAAAUGUGCAGAUGACACAGCAUUGCCAAAUCCAGAGGCUCCUGCGGACCCAGCAACACCAGGAGAAGAGGAUUGGAUAGCUCCAACACCACUACUGGUGGAAGGCUGUGGUUCUGGAAAAAAACGAAAAAAGUGCUUUCAUUACUGCAGGGUAUGAUGGUCCUGCAAAUGCUGUGGGAGACAACAUCCACAGCUUGACCAACUCCACAGCAGUGUACAUUGUCUCAUCUGGAAGUCCCCCCACCUGCAUGGAUAUGAAUGUCGCAAUUAUCAGCUACUUACAAGCUUUUAUAGUGGGUAAAUUUUUACUCUUUCAUCUGUUUAGCUUUUCCACAUGAAACUAUUUGUUUUUUUUUAUUUCUGGCCUACACUGAAUUAGUAUGCUAAUCAAACCUAAUGUAACCUAACCAAAACCAAACCUAACCAAAACCAAAAUAAUAUAACCUAACCAAAGGCAAACCUAAAAUAGCUAAAAUAAUCUUGCUUCCCUAAAAAUAUGCACAGAUAACCAUUUAAUAAUUGCUGUCAUUAUUAUAAUUAAUUUGCAGUUGGUAUAUGUUGGGUUCAAAUUACUCUGGAAUGACCAACUGUAUCUGAUGAGAAGGGUAAGAAAAGCCAUGUUGAGACUGGUGAAAAAGUAAAAGAAUACCCUACUGUGUGUCUGCUGGAACCAUAAACCAUGAUUUCACUCACUUGCAACAGAACAUCACAUCAUUUUUGGUAAUAUCACAGUAAUUCCAUCUAUAUAGCUCUCUAUCCCUCUUCUGUGUCAACCACACCAUGCUGGGUCUGGAACUAUCCUAACAAAAAUGUGAUAAGCAUAACUGAUUAACUCACCAGUGCCUGCUGCGUGACGCUGUUCUACAGCAACCUUGCUCUUGACACGGGUCUGGAGGUCCUUAAAUUUCCUUUGGACCUCAGGAUAGCCAAUUGCCAUGAGGGGAAGACAGCUGAGUCUAGGCAGGUUGAUUGAUGUGAUGCUCAGUAGGGCUAUGCAGUUCUCCUUUGAUCAAGGUGUGUUGGAGGCAUCUUGAUUUCCUGCACUGACUUAUCACUCAACACGGUGCACACUCACUUGAAGACCCUGCUGAUGCUUGUUUGCAUAGGUCCUGAAAGCAGAUUAUAAGCCAUUAGUUUUCAUUUUAUUUAUUUAUUUAUUUUAGAUAAGAUGCAUCUUUCUCCUGUAGGCAAAAAAAAUCAGCCAUAGAAAUGUAAUGUACAUGUAAUGCACUGUUCUUUCAAUCACUGCAACCAUAUCCAUACACACAUUACAUCUGCUGUCAUUUUUUUUUUUGCCAGCAGUAUAAUAAAUGAAGUUAUCCUCAUGACAGUGUUAGAAACAUAUCAGAAAUAAACCUAACAAGUCUCCAAAUAUGUCUACACAUGAAUAAUAACACAGUGGGUGAGGAAGGGACAGCCCCAGGGGAACUUGAGAGCAGGUUUCAUAAAGUUAUGUUUCAUAAGAUUAGCAACUCUUGGACUCACAUUUGGUUACUAACCACUCCUAACCUACCAUUAACUAUGCUGGGGGCUGCCUCUCCCAUAUCCCUCCUUAUUAGUCAUGCACUCACAUAUUUUGACACUAGGAACUAAUCUUGACAUGUUCCUAACACUGGAUUACAACUUAUAAACCAUGGCAUGCAAUAGGUUGACUUUAAUGCCUUUUAUGCUUGAAAGUCAGCCACACUUGAAUAUUAUUCACCGCAUUGAACAUGAGUUUAUUCACCUACAAAAUUUAUUUAUGGGAUAUUGUGCAAUUUGUCUCAAAAAAAAAGUAGUAGUAAUUGUUUAGUUCUCUCCUGGCCUUAUUACAUAUCUAUUCUCUUCCAUUCUUUCACAUACAGUAAAAUCCCUCUCAUCCGGUAUUCAAGUAUCCGGCAGCUUCAAGUAUCUGGCACAUUUUUCCCCGAGCCUUAAAAUCAAUAAAAAAUCAAUGUGUACUCUUAAUAAAAUUGAUUAAAUUAUGAUUAAUUAUGAAGACGGCACAAUCCCCGAGUUCCAAAAACAGUUUAAUGUUAAGGAUGCGAUAUUCAUGGCUUCACUUGCUUGGCUAGACAUUAAAAGGCAAACAUUGAUGCGAUGUUGGCACAAAUUGUACCCUUUGAUGAUGUGUGAUGAUGAGGAUGAUGAGUUUGAAGGGUUUGUAGGUGGCAUGAAAAAUUCGGUGGUGAGCGAGCUGAGAGAAAUGGGGGGAAAUGUGCAACUUAAAAGUGACAGAUGAAGCAUUACAGGAAUGGGUGGACAUGGAUGAAAAUAAGGCCAUAACAUUCACUCUCACAGACGAGGAACUUAUCAACGCUGUAGUAGAUCAUUUAGAGAAAAUUAGUGAUGAUAGUGAUGAUGAUGAUGAUGAUAAUGAGCCUAAAGUAACUUGGGAACAGGCUGUGAAACACAUAGCUGGCUUUGUCAGGUUUGCUGAGCAGUGCACAUACAUGUCAACCUGAGAUGUUAUGACCCUUCACUGCAUUGAGAAUGAGUUUUUGCUGCAAAGAAGAAGAAGCUGCAAACAAGGAGAUAUUAGAAACUAUUUUAAAGUAGCUUGCAAGGGAAAAGAAGUGGGGCAAACAAGUACAGGAUCUGAUGAUGUUGAUGACCUGGAGGGUGUUGAAUGAGAGGUGUGGGGAGCAAAAAAGUGUCACAAACACUCGUACAUUUUCAUAUCUUUAUUGUAUGCUAUACAUGUUGGCUAAUAUUGAAUAAAGCAAAUAAGUGUA